AUGUACUCUGUUGUAGACGACAGAAGUGCAGUAAUCUGAAACUGAGAAAUUGUUCAUUUCGAGUAAUCGAGUGGACUUUAGUCUGAGUCAACAUUAUCAAAGUUCUCAGUUCAGUGUUUUAUCCAGCUUUUACGUUUUAUCAGUACGUUACAUUAAAACAUUUAUUAAAAAUUUGUUAGAGCCUAAUUAAAAUUGUUGCCGUGUUUAUAAUUUUGCUGUUUGAACAAUUCUUAAAGAUUGCCUUUCUACGGCUAACAUUAACUAUGCAAAAGUAUGAGAAGUUGGAAAAAAUUGGAGAAGGAACGUAUGGAACAGUUUUCAAGGCCAAGAAUAGAGAAACACUUGAAAUAGUAGCUCUUAAAAGGGUCAGACUCGAUGAUGAUGACGAGGGUGUUCCGUCCUCAGCUCUCCGGGAGAUUUGCCUGUUGAAGGAGCUGAAACACAAGAACAUUGUGCGUCUGUAUGACGUGCUUCACAGUGACAAGAAACUGACUUUGGUGUUCGAACACUGCGACCAGGACCUCAAGAAGUAUUUUGACAGUCUCAACGGCGAGAUCGAUCUGGACGUUGUAAAAUCAUUCAUGUUUCAGUUACUGCGAGGUUUAGCGUUCUGUCACAGCCAUAAUGUUCUACACAGAGAUCUUAAACCACAGAACCUUCUUAUCAACAAGAAUGGAGAAUUGAAGCUGGCAGAUUUCGGGUUGGCCCGAGCGUUUGGUAUCCCAGUGAAGUGCUACUCAGCAGAAGUGGUAACUCUCUGGUACCGACCACCCGAUGUUCUCUUUGGUGCCAAAUUGUACACUACUUCCAUUGACAUGUGGUCAGCUGGCUGCAUCUUUGCCGAGUUGGCUAAUGCUGGACGACCACUGUUUCCCGGAUCCGAUGUGGAUGAUCAGCUGAAGCGGAUCUUCAAGCUGUUGGGUACACCCAGCGAGGAGACAUGGCCCGGCCUCACACAACUGCCUGACUACAAGCCAUUCCCCCUGUAUCAGCCCACCAUGAGUCUUUUGCAGGUGGUUCCCAAGCUAAACAGCAAGGGCAGGGACCUCCUACAGCGACUGCUAGUGUGCAAUCCAGGGCAGCGGAUGGCAGCAGACGACGCUAUGGCACAUGUCUACUUCGCUGACCUCCCCCCCUCCAUCCGCCAGUGAGCUCCACCCACUCCUCCCUUCUCAGACUGACAGAUUUAAGCGAUUUGACCGUUGCUCAUUCAACACCAAAUAUGUUGUCCUUUUAAAAAAUCUCUGAACUGAUUGGAAAUGUUCAAUUUUAUACCCUCAAAAAAAUCCGAAAUGGUUUUACUGGUAGAUGCCAUAAAGUAACGUGUACUUAUGUAAACACUCAUUCAUUACGGUUCUGUACUGAAACAAAGCUGUUGGUGUUUAGGAAAAUAUAAUUUAAUUAAUUAAUUAUUCACCUAGUUAUCUAAAAGUGGACAUUAACGAUUCUGUUAAAUUUUAAAAAGUGACAAUGGAUUAUGAUCAUUAGCAGUUCAAACUCUAUUUUCAUUUUCGGAUCUCAUGUUGUAUUAAGUAUGAACAUUAGCCACCCAGUUUGACAAACAGAGUCGUUGCAUGAUUUUAAGCAUCUGUGAUCUUUUAAUGCAGACAUUAUAAGUUUAAAAGUUUGGAAAGAAACCAGCAAGAUUUGACUACAUUGGUUACUCGUAAUGUUACAGUUCGUGGAAUAUUGUGGAUCGUUGGAGAAAGAUAGAGAAUAGCAGUGAAGACAUGUUAGAAAUGUUGGUGUUUCGAUUGAAUCUUGCUAGUUUUCUUCCAGUAAUCCUGUACUGAAAUGUUAGUAUAAUUUUAAUUUUAAGAUUGUAUUACAGUAAAUACCAAAGCAAGUUAAGACUUUUAGUAAAUAUAUUGAACUUAUAUAAGUUAAAAAAAGGUAUAAGUAAAUAAAACAAGGAUUACAAUCACUUUCACAGUAUUUAUAAUUGCAUGGUUGUAUCAUUUUACUAUAACAAUCAUUAAAAACAAUUAUUUUAUGUGUAGUAAUAUCUGUUGAGUAUUAUUUAUUUUUCUAAUAUUAUCAAUGUAUGUAAUUUUUAAAAAGGCUUUUCAGUGUCAUCAUCAGUCGUACCAGUGGCAGAUAUAAUUUGUAGUAUGUAUGUGUGAAGAGUCAGGCAUAAUUUUCACAUUUAUUAAUGAAACUACAGUUGAACCUCGAUAUACCUUACCUCAAAGGGAAAUAAAAAACUUCCGUUAUAUGGGGAAUUCUGAUAUAAUGAGUUUCAAUAUAUCAAGGCGAUUUAGAACUGUCUUCGAUAUAUAGAGGUUUACAGUUCUUGUUCUAUUAUUCAUUACACCAAGGUUAAAUCAGCAGGCUUUGAUAUAAAUAACAAAUAAUAAUGUAGGCUUGAUUAUGAAUACUUUAUUGGGAAAUAUGUUUAGAAAUUAUAAUGUGUUGUACAUAAAUUUUAACGGAACAUACAGUAUUACAGUAUAAUAAUACUGGGAACAUGAAAUAUUAAUUGAAAAAGUAAUAUAAAUACAAAAUGUUUACCAUCGCUCAGACUGAGUUUCAAGUCUUAACAUGGAAAAUACGGUACUGUAAUUCAGCUCGUUGUCCUGAUAAACUGAAACUUUGAUAUAUUGUGGGGUAUUUAAAUUAAACCUGAGAUAUAGUGUAUAUAGAAGUAAAAUUAAUAUUGAAGUAAAUGGUAUAUUCAAGGGGAAUGACGAAACUUUGAUUUAUCAAUGAAUCCAAUAUAUUGAGGUUCGAUAUUUCCAGGUUCCGCUGUAUUUAAAUAUUAUUAAUGAUUUUAAGUAGAUACACUCAGUCAUGAUUUGGUAAUAUAUGGGUAGAAUAUGCUUAUAUGUGUAAACAGGUUUUAAUAAUAUGUUACCUCUCUAAACACACUCCUAAAAAUGAUAUCACUUUCAUUUUAUUUUCCAGUUAUUGUUUAUUUUUCUUAAAAGUUUAGCCAAAAU